AUGACCCUUUCUCUAUCGCACUAUCAGGCACCGCGCAACGCUAGCCCUCCUUUGUUAGGCGGCAGUAGCAGCCAAGCCGGCACUGACUACUUUGGACUGCGGAUGACCCUGCCACCAAGCAUACCUCACAACUACACUCCUCUCACACCCGUGUCGUUCCUGCUGCGAGCUGCUCUGAUCGCACCGGACUCGCCAGCCAUCGUCCAUCCCGAGAGGGGGGUCAAGUUGACUUACUCGCAAUGGGCCGCGAGGACUCUCAGCUUGACAUUUGGGAUUCUUGGGACGCAAGGAUGGAGAACUGGCGAGCGAGUGGCUGUGAUUGCGCCAAAUUGUCCAAUGAUCCUCGAGCUACAUACAGCCAUCCUGGCCGCAGGGGGAAUCAUCACGCCUAUCAAGUGAGCGAAAUAGGCACGCGAUGUUGGCAAAGAGGUUACACAGGAACGUGAUCGCACCAAAGCGCUGACGCCUUGCACGCGCCUACCUGUAGCAUUCGCAAUACUCCUGCAGAGAUCGCCUAUAUCCUCAAACAUUCAGGCUCCCGCUUGAUCUUCUGCGACUCCGAGUUUCAACACCUCCUACGCAGCAACGAAAGCUCAUCUACCUCCGCCCAAAUCAUCAUCUCGAACGACUCUUGUGGCCGCGACACCUCGGAUCCGUACGAGCACUUCCUCGAUGCUGGUCACCGAAUCUGGGCUGAAGCAGAGCAGCGGGGCGAGAAGAGCUCAACGGGACCUUUCAAAAGAGGUUGGGAGCUCAUCGAUCACCCGGCAAACGAGGACGCGCCUGCUGCUCUGUGCUACACCAGCGGUACGACGGGCAGGCCAAAGGGCGUGCUGACCACUCAUCGAGGUGCGUAUCUGGCGGCGAUCAGUAACGCCUUCGAAGCGGGCCUAGGCGCCGAAAGCGUCUAUCUCUGGGUGCUGCCGGCGUUUCAUGCCUGUGGCUGGACGUUUGUGAGUCUCUGCUGCUGCUUCAUUGCUUUUGGCACCGUUGGAGACUUCUCACUCCCAUCCUACCGCUAUGCCUCAGCCAUGGGCAGUGAACGCCGCUUUCGCAGCUCACUACAUCCUCCGCAAGGUGGACAACAAUCAAAUCUGGUCUGCGCUCUUGCAAGGUGGUACCACACAUUACGCUGGCGCACCUACGGUCCAGAUCGGAAUCGUCAAUCACGCGCGCGCAGAGCGACUGCCUCGAACCAUACGUGUCGCUGUUGCGGCAAGCGCUCCCACCAGCGCGCUGCUCUCGCAGAUGGAGAAGCUCAAUCUUCUGCCGGUCCAUGUGAGCAGCCAUUGCGAUCAGCUGCAACCUCGAGCUUGCUGACAAGUAUGCUCUUCGACGCAGGUGUAUGGCCUGACAGAGUCGUACGGACCAGUCUCACGACGUGAGUGGGCCCAGAGUCCCGAGUCUUAGUGGGCGACUGCGAGGUGCUAAGCAAAGUCCUUUUUGCACUCAGGAUAUCCGCAUAAAUCUUGGGCAGACCUACCUACAGAUGACAGAGCACGACUCAUGGCGCGACAAGGUCACGGCUUCUUGACGGCCGACGAGGUUCGCGUAUGCCGCGUGCCGCCCGAAGACGCAGACCCACAAAGCGUGGCUCUGGAAGACGUGCGCAGGGAUGGCAAGGAGAUGGGCGAGAUCGUGAUGAGGGGCAACAUUGUCAUGCAGGAGUGCGUUGGACGUACUAUAUGAGAUGUCUGUGCUAGCAAUGCUGACCAUGUGAAACUGAAUGCCCUUGCAGGUACUGUAAUGAUGCGGAGGCCACGCGCAAAACGUUUAGGGAUGGCUGGUUCUGUACCGGCGACCUUGCAGUCCGUCACCCUGGCGGCGAGAUCCAAAUCGCAGGUGAGCGCGCCAGACGACUGGAUUGAAUCGCCAGAUUGCCCGCCAAGGCUCAUCUUCUAAUGCCCUCUUCUGCAGACCGCAAAAAGGAUCUUUACAUUUCUGGCGGCGAGAACGUCAGCAGUCUGAUGGUGGAGACGGAGCUCUCCUCGCAUCCUGCCGUGCUCGAGUGCGCUGUGGUGGCGCGCAAGGAUCCAAAGUGGCAAGAAGUUGGGCAUGCAUUUGUCGUCUUGCGUCCUGAUCAUCGAACAUCUGAGAAGGAGCUGCAAGAGCAUUGCCAGAAGCACAUGAGCAAGGUAAGUGGGUGUAUGUGCCCGCUUUGCUUCACCGCUGCGUGUCUGACGUUCCAUCGUGUUCGCGCCCCAUGCUUCGUCGUAGUUCGCGGUGCCAAAGUUUGUGGACCUGGUGGCGGAGCGUGAGUCAAGCGCACCGGCGCACGUCACCUGGAAUGAUGACAUUUGCUAACUUCACCCCUUGCAGUCCCCAAAAAUGCAACAGGAAAACUUCAGAAGAACGUCCUGCGCGAGCGUGUCGCAAAGCUCGCGGAAAGCGCGGCAGAUCGCCAAGCUAAGAGCAAGCUGUGA